CUAACAUGUUCCAAAGACGACAACCUCUACGACAAGCCACCACUUCAUCAUUGCUGAACAAUGGCGCCUUCAGCUAUAACCCAAUCCCUAGCCGCCCUCCUCCCAACAUAUGCGAACAAUUUCCCACCUCAAUUAACCCACCUCGCUGAAUCACUCCUCGCUCAAUCGCACCAGCGCGCCUCACACCUGAAGCCAGAAGAAGAAAUAGCCCGCGCCUACGCAUGCAGCGAGAUCGCAUGUAAACGGCUCCGGGCGCAGUGCCGUCUGCCGGCGGCCAAGAGCUCCAGCGCGCCCUGCAAACCGACAGUAUACAAGAAACUCGUCACAUUUCUCCAACGAGUCCUCGACGAAGAGUCCGCGCUGCAGCAGCAAACGCCCAAGUCCACACCGGGCGGCGGUAGAAAGAGGACCGCGGAUGGACAGUUCAAGAAUAAUAAGAUCAACCCGGCCGCUGCUGUUGGCUCCUCUGAACCAAGCACGCCGUCCAAGACCAAGACAGGACGCAACAACAACAACACACCAAACGGGGGAUUCGUAGGCAAGAUCAAAGCCUCCAGCGCCGGUAAAUCCAGAUCCUCGGAGAACAACGAAGCACCGUCAUGGCUCAUGCCAUCGAUCCGUAAAUUAUGUCGGCUGUUCUCAACGCCUUUGCUCGCUCCGCACGUCUACACGGGGACUUGUGUCAUCCUUCGCCUGGCUGGGAUGUGGCCACGACCCGAGGACGCCGCCGACAACCUAGAAGACGAGGAGGAAUUCAAACAAAAUGUCACGGGCCUCAUGGUAGCAUUAUACCUCAUGACACUGACUCGCAUGAAGACCGGCAAGAUGACCACGACCGUGUACAAGUCGACGUGCUCGCGGGCGGUGGCGGAGAUCGAAUACGCCGCCGGCACCGAGGGAGUCGAAGCCUGGAUCCGCCGCAUCAAUCGCGAAGGGUACUGUGGUCAGCAGGAUUGGUGGGUCAGCGUCCCCGAGGCUGUGUUUGCUUUCGAUCCGUCCAAAACUGCGUGCAUGGUGGAUGAUGAUGAUGACGACGACAAAGAGGACGCCAUCGAAGACGACGACGUACUGGUGUCCCGCCAGCGGCGAUGGAGACCAGGGAGAUCUGCAGCGGCGGCGGAUGACGAGGACGAUGAGGACGAGGAAGACCCCAAUGGUGUCCUCCUUCCCGGCCUGCACACAAUGAUGCAGGAUGCAGUGGAUUUUCUGAGUGAGGAGCGAACCAGAGAAUACGAGGCUUGGAAGAAGGCUUUGCUCAGGAAACUGGAUAGAUUGGACAAGGUUCCUGCUGGAAAAGAGGCGAGAGCGCUUGCUGUACAUUAAGUACACGGACACACUGUACUCACGACCGCUAUGAUUGAGGAUGAAAUGAGUCUCGCCGCCCGUCAUACGUCCUCUGUUUUUUAUACAUUCCUUUACCUGCG